AUGGAUAGAUCAGAAACAUCUGGAGGAAGAAUCCUCAGAUCUAUUGUCUUAAAAGGAAAAGGCACCAGACCCACUAUCCUGCAGUGCAUUGAUGAUGAUGAUGAUGAUGAUGAUGAUGAUGAUAAUGAUGAUGAUGAUGUCGUCAGAGUAGAGUUAAUUAAACAGAUUUUGUUGUAUUUGUGCAGUGCUUUAAAACAAGAUUCUCACAAAAUGGCGGCAGCAGCAGGUACGGGUGAUGGCCCGUCAAAUCAGGAACAAGCGGAUUCAGUGGAAGCAGGAGAGUUUUCCACACAAAAAUGUAUACAAUCAUUGAAUCACGCAUGUCAAUGCCAUGAAGCCAAUUGCACUGUAUCAGGUUGUAUCCAGAUGAAGCGUGUUAUAGAGCAUACAAAAAUAUGUGGUUGUAGAAACAGUGCUGAUGGUUGUGAAAUUUGUAAACAACUUAUAGCACUUAUGUGCCACCAUGCUAAAGCAUGUCAGGAAACUAAGUGUACAGUGCCAUUUUGCCUGAACACCAAACACAAAUUGAAACAGCAGCAAUUGCAACAGCGUUUCCAACAAGUUCGUCUUCUCCGUCAACAAAUGGCUGCAAUGAGCAACAUAUGGGCAGCUGCCCCUUCAGAUGCUUGUUCCAAAAAUUCAAUUGAUGGGGCUUAGAUUUCAGGAAAUACAAUUCCUUCAAAUAUUAUGAGAAGCCCUUCAAAAACAAGUGAAAUGGGAAAUAAUGCAUUUAGUUGGAAAUAUAGAACCCAAUACUUUGGAUGGAAUCAUUUUUGUUGAAUUUUUUGCAUUCUGUAAAUGCUCUUUACUUUAAGAUAAAGAUAUAUUAGAAAGCUGUUGAUGUACAUCAAUACAUAAUAACAAAGAAUGAAAGGAAUGUAGUACUAAGAAUUAAAUAAAAUUCAAUGAACUUUAAAGUUGGAUAUUUAUUUCAUGUGAUAUUGUUGAUACCU